AUGGCGAGUCCUUUGAGGGUGGCAAUGCUUGGGCUUCUUGCUUUGGGAGUGAUUGCUGGAAGGAUCAAGGGGGCAGAUGGUGCAGUUCCUCCGAGCCCAAUGGCGAAGAUCGGAAUGAUGAACAGUCGAGGUCCGUACAUCGCUAUGGCCGUGCCCAACUCGUACGAGAUGAGCCCUCUUCUCCAAUCUCCAAGCUUUCGAGCCGAUCCGAACUUUCCUUACUUGGAUAUUUUAGGAAGGAGGUUUCGAUUUGGAAAGGUCGGAAUUGUAAUGACCGGAUCGAGCAUGCUUAACGCAGGCAUAACCACAGAAUUGCUUCUCACUCCAUUCGAGGUGAAAGGAGUUGUGCACUACGGGAUCGCAGGAAAUGCCAAUCCUCAGCUCCAAAUUGGAGAUGUGACCAUAGCUCAAUAUCGGGCUCACAUUGGCCUUCGGAAUUGGCAGCGAUUUGGGGACGGGGACAAGGACGAGCUGGCCCUAGAAUCGAACGGGGAUUACACGAGGGAAAUCGGGUAUCUCCAAUUUGCCGAUUACAGCAACGAAAGUCAAACUGGGGAAGGAGCGGGAAAUCUUCUGAACAGGGUGUGGUAUCAGCCGGAAGAGGCCUUCCCAAUCGACGGUGUUCCUGAAGUCAGACGGCACGCCUUCUGGGUUCCCGUCCACCAGAGCUACUAUGGGUUAUCCGCCAAAAUCAUGGAUUUGACGCUCGGGGCUUGUGUGAACUCUUCAACCUGCUUGCCAAGAGCGCCGAGAGUGGUGAGAGUGGAGAGGAGAGCGACUGCCAACAUGUUCCUGGAUAACAGGGGCUAUAGAGAGUUCUUGAGAUCCAAGUUCAAUGCCACUCCAGUCGACAUGGAGAGUGCAGGCGUAGCCCUGGUGUGUCACCAGCUCGGCGUGCCCUUCAUUGCCUUCAGGUCUCUCUCCGACUUGGCCGGUGGCGGCUCCUCGCGCUCCAAUGAGGCCCCCACUUUCGCCUCCCUCGCCGCUCAGACCACAGUCGACGCUGCGAUCGAGUUCAUCUCCCUCUUGCCGUCUUGAUCCACCAUUGA